AUGAAAAUGUUGCAUGAUGGGAACGGGAAACUAUGGCAAGCUCACAGAGACACAUCGGACGACUGUCGGAGCUGUCUGGAGUGUUCCCGUGACAACGGCUGCGUGCGUUGCCCCGAGCGUCUCUUCCUGUUCCUGCAGAGGGAGGGAAUGUCUCACCAUGGAACUUGUGUCCACGCCUGUCCCGCUGGACACUACGGACAGAGAGGGAAGGACAUCAACCGCUGCACGAAAUGCCGCUCUCCGGACUGCGAGCACUGUUUCAGCCGGGACUUCUGCACCAAGUGUAAACCUGGCUUCCUGCUGUACAAAGGAAAGUGUCUGCUGAGCUGCCCGAAGGAAACGUUCGCCCACCAGACAGACUGCAUAGACAACUGUCUCUUGGCUCCGCUGGGAGAGUGGAGCGAGUGGAGCGUCUGUCUCCGUAAUGGCGUCACCUGUGGCUUCAGGUGGGGGAGGCAGACCAGGACUCGGGGGGGCAGGACGCCCGAAGAGAACGCAGCGUUGCUUUGUCCGUCCCACAGCGAGACGCAAAGGUGCAGGAUGAAGAAAAAGUGUCCAACAGAAAGAAGACAGAAUAAAAACGGACUUGGAAGAAAGAGGGAGAGAAAACGGCUGCGGCUCCUCAGCAGCAGCAGCGGCGGCGGCGGCGGCGACAGCGACUCUCCGGGAGAAACCUGAGGAAGUGACGGACACGCGGCGAGACGAGCGGCUCAGCACGACACGUGUCAGCGAUUUCAAUCUGAGCCCAAAUCAGUGUUUGUGGAUGUUUCCGAUCAGACCGUUCGUUAUUAAAAACAUCAGAAUGUUGUUUACUGGAAACUUCAGUCGAUACUAUGACUAAGAAAUUCUUGCAUCCUAACGAC